GUGGGAGACGCGGCUCGAAGAGGCGGGCCUGGGCGCGAAGUAUCCCAAACUCGUCCAGGGGCUUCGGGAAGGCUUCGUUGUGGACCUCCCGAUCAUCACGCGCACGCAAGCACCGCCCAAUCAUCCCUCCACCCUCGCUCAUGACGAUCUCUUCCAGGACAUCGUGCGACACGAGAAGGCCAGCGGCAGGUACGUUGGGCCAUUCUCAGCCGCCGAACUCACAGAUGCACUUGGACCAUUCCAAACAUCCCCCAUCUCUAUCAUACCAAAACCCGCUAAACCGGGGCAUUACCGCCUCAUCCAAAAUUUCUCCUUUCCUCGCUCACCUACCCUUACUCUACCUAAUCCUUCCGUCAAUUCCUUCAUUGAUUCUGACCGAUUUCCGUGUACAUGGGGUACUUUUACCACCAUCUGUCUCCUCAUCUGGCGACUUCCCCCAGGCUCUCAGGCAGCCACUCGCGACAUCAAGGAGGCAUAUCGCACAAUCCCGCUACACCCGAGUCAGUGGCCAGCAGGGGUCGUACGCACAGGCAAGGACGAGUACCAUGCUGACACGUGCCUCGCAUUUGGGGCGCGUCCAUCGGCAGGUGGAUACGGCGUCCUUGCCGACGCUGGUGCGGAUCUCAUCCGCGCAGAGGGCAUGGGUCCGUUGUCGAAAUGGGUGGACGACUACUUCUUGGUACGGAUCUUACGCAUUCAUCUCGACGAGUACAACAGUCGGCGUGCUGGAUGGCACAGGGCGCUCGCACGAGAAAGCCGCAAUCACACUCGAGGCCGACUGUGGCACGGUGGUAAGCUAUUUGAGGAUGGCACCAUUGACCAGUUCGACGAGGACUGCAGCUAUCCCCUUCGCGACCUCGCAUCUCGCUCCCCAAGGUCAGCAGCAGACCAACAAUACUGCUAUAACCUCGCCGACGUGGACAAGCUUUCUGGCUCACUCGGAAUCCCCUGGGAGCCCACCAAAGAUUCCGACUUCAGAGCAGCUCAGGUUUUCACAGGGUUCGAGUGGAAUGUUCAGGCGCUCACCGUCACGCUGCCCGAGAGGAAAAAGGCGAAGUAUCUCACAGCCAUUGGCAAUUGGCGAGAUGCUAAGGGCGGGACACACACACUCGCAGACGUACAAGGAAUCUAUGGAAAAUUGCUCCACACCUCGCUGGUGGUUCCCCGUGGACGAGCAUAUCUCACAGGUCUUGAAGCCAUGCUUCGAAUCUGCGGUGACCGUCCUUUCGUGCCGCAUUCCGCCCCUCGAUCUGUCGCUACUGACCUCAUAUGGUGGACACAGACGCUACAGCAACCUAUCCUCCGACGAGCCAUACCCACCCCAACUCCUCUCGUCGACAUCGCCGCUUUCUCGGACGCCAGCUCCGGCAUCGGCAUCGGCAUUACGGUUGGCGACCACUGGCGUGCAUGGAGGCUCAUACCAGGCUGGAAGACUCUCGACGGAGAGCGCGACAUUGGUUGGGCAGAAGCAGUGGGGUUCGAGCUCCUCGCACGCUGCAUCACAGCUGCGCGAGGCACAAGCAGACAUUUGCGGCUCCAUGGAGACAACAUUGGGGUCGUGGAAGGUUGGCGAAACCGCAGAAGCCGUAAUGCGGCCGUCAACGGCGUCUUCAAACGUCUCCUCGAGCACCUUGACAAGCUCGGAGAUGCGGAG